UUGAUUAUCAUUAGAUAAACGUAAUAAAGUUGAUACCUUUUGCAUAUUAAUAAUGUUUUUCUGUAGAAAUUUCUAUUGAUAAGUAAAAUAUCUCUGUUUCUCGUUAAAUUUCUUCACUUAAAAUAUUCGUUCCGACAUUAAGAGUUUUUGACAUGGAAGAUGAAAUAAAACGGCCUCAUUACAUAGACUGCGAUGGAUUUCUUAUUGUCGGAGCUUUUUCAAGAGAAGCAUUUCGUUCUGCCGUCAAUUAUAAACCCAAACCGGGCCAACUGUUUAUAGUCACGUAUCCUAAAUGUGGUACUACAUGGUCACAACAAAUAGUUAGUCUGAUAUUUAGAAAAGGCAAACCUUUAAGUGGUAUUGUUGAAUUGAUGAAAAAUUCGCCUUUCUUGGAGUUUACUGGAGCAGAUGCUGUAGAUUAUAUGGAUGAACCUGGAGCGAUCAAAAUUCAUUUACCUUUUAAUUUAACACCGUAUUCUCCGGAUGCCAAAUAUAUAUAUGUGGCAAGAAACCCAAAAGACUGUUGCGUAUCUUUCUAUUAUCAUACAAAAGAUUUAGAACUUUACAAUUUCGCCGAUGGCACAUUCGAUGAAUAUUUCGAGUUAUUCAUUAACGGUAAAACAGAUUACGGAGAUUAUUUCGAUCAUCUUUUAUCAUGGUACGAACACAAAGACGAUCCUAAUGUUUUAUUUAUAACCUACGAAGAUUUGAAAUUGGAUACGCGAAAUUAUAUUCUAAAAAUUGCCAAAUUUAUGGGCGACGAAUAUCAUGAUAUUCUGAUCAAUAAUCCAGACAUUUUAGAGAAUGUUCUUCGUUAUAGUAGCUUUAAAUAUAUGAAAGAUACCGUGGGAUUUUAUAUUGCUUAUAUGGGAUCUCUUCCUGAAGGUAUCUCUGUACCAUCAGGUGUUAAAGCUUUUCGUGCAUAUUUGAAAAAACAUCCUGAACUCUCACCGACUUUUAAAGGUGAUUUCGUUCGUAAAGGUAUUAUUGGUGACUGGAAAAAUCAUUUUAGCCCUGAACAAGAGAGGAGAAUGGAAGAUAGAAUCAAAGAGAAGACUGCAGGAACGGAUGUCAUGAGCUUGUGGAAAGAUUACAAGGACUGCGAUGGAUUUCUUAUUCCAGGACCCUUCUCGGAGGAAGCAUUUCGUUCUGCAGUUAAUUAUAAACCGAAAUCUGGCGAAUUAUUUACGGUUGCAUACCCUAAAUGUGGUAGCACAUGGAUGAAACAAAUAAUAAUUCUCAUAUUUGGAAGAGGCAAACUUUCAGACAAAUUAUCAGAAAUAAAGAAUUAUCCUUUUCUAGAUUUAACUGGAACCGAUGCAAUGGAUUAUAUUAGUGGACCCGGAGCAAUUAAAACUCAUUUACCAUUCAAUUUGAUACAAUAUUCUUCAAAUGCUAAGUAUAUAUACAUUGCUAGAAAUCCAAGAGACUGUUGCGUGUCUUAUUAUCAUCAUACGAAAGAUGGAAACUUUUAUAAUUUUUCAAAUGGUACAUUCGAUGAGUACUUCGAGCUAUUCAUUAAUGGUAAAAUAGAUUAUGGAGAUUAUUUCGAUAAUCUUUUAUCGUGGUACGAACACAAAGACGAACCAAAUAUAUUAUUUACAACAUACGAAAAUCUGAAAUUAGACGGAAAAAAUGAAAUAUUAAAAAUUGCAAAAUUUAUAGGAGACGAGCAAUACAAUGCAAUAAUUAAUAACACAAACGUUUUAGAGAAUAUUUUAAAAUUUAGUAGCUUUGAAUACAUGAAGAAUACUAAAAGUGAUUUAAUGAGAAAUGCUUCGGAGAAAUUAUACAAUAUGUAUCGAGGUAUGAAUAUAAUUCCACCUUCUGGAGUGAGUUAUUUGUAUGAAUAUUUAAAAAAAUACCGUAACAAAAGACAAGAUAUUGCGGAAUUUAAUAACUUUUUUCGCAAAGGAAUUAUUGGAGAUUGGAAAAAUCAUUUCAGUCCUGAACAGGAAAAGAGAAUGGAAGAAAGGAUUAAGGAGAAGACAGCAAAUAGUGACGUUAUGAAUUUAUGGAAAAAAAUUUUUGACAUGGAAGAUGAAAUAAAACGGCCUAAUUACAUAGACUGCGAUGGAUUUCUUAUCGUCGGAGCUUUUUCAAGAGAAGCAUUUCGUUCUGCCGUCAAUUAUAAACCCAAACCGGGCCAACUGUUUAUAGUCGCGCAUCCGAAAUGUGGUACUACAUGGUUACAACAAAUAGUAGCUCAGAUAUUUAAUAAAGAUAAACCUUUUGCUGGAGCAGAUGCUGUAGAUUACAUGGAUGAACCUGGAGCGAUCAAAAUUCAUUUACCUUUUAAUUUAACACCGUAUUCUCCGGAUGCCAAAUAUAUAUAUGUGGCAAGAAACCCAAAAGACUGUUGCGUAUCUUUCUAUCAUCAUACAAAAAAUUUAGAAAUUUACAAUUUCGCCGAUGGCACAUUCGAUGAAUACUUCGAGUUAUUCAUUAAUGGUAAAAAAGAUUACGGAGAUUAUUUCGAUCAUCUUUUAUCUUGGUACGAACACAAAGACGAUCCUAAUGUUUUAUUUAUAACUUACGAAGAUUUGAAAUUGGAUACGCGAAAUUAUAUUCUAAAAAUUGCCAAAUUUAUGGGCGACGAAUAUCAUGAUAUUCUGAUCAAUAAUCCAGAUAUUUUAGAGAAUGUUCUUCGUUAUAGUAGCUUGAAACAUAUGAAAGAUAACGCGAGAUCUUAUAUUGCAUAUACGGCAUCUCUUCCUGAAGGAACACCUAUACCAUCAGGUGCUAAAGCUUUUCGUGCAUAUUUGAAAAAACAUCCUGAACUCUCACCGACUUUUAAAGGAAGAAAACUGUCGACUAAUAAAAUGGCUGAAGAAAUAAAGAGACCUAACUACAGCGAGUGCGAUGGUUUUCGUUUACCGGCUUCCUUUUCACACGAAGCAUUUCGCUCGGGAGUUAACUAUAAACCUAAACCGAACGAGCUGUACGUGGUCACGUAUCCUAAAUGUGGAACGACGUGGAUGCAGAGCAUCGUGAUGCUUAUAUUAAGGAAAGGAAAACCUUUCGAAAGUGCAUUGGAUUAUGUGAUAAACACGCCAUUUAUAGAAUUUACCGGAGUAGAAGCUUUAGAUUCAAUGACAGGUCCAGGAGUCAUUAAAACUCAUCUGCCUUUUCAUUUAGUGCCGUAUUCACCCCUUGCCAAAUAUAUAUACGUGGCACGAAAUCCUAAAGACUGUUGCGUGUCUUUUUAUCACCAUACCAAAUUCCUUGUACACUAUAAUUUUACAGAUGGUACGUUCGAUGAAUUCUUCGAUUUAUUCGUAAAUGGACAGAAUGAUUUUGGAGACUAUUUCGAUCAUACUUUGUCGUGGUACGAACAUAGAAACGACUCCAACGUUUACUUUACAACAUACGAAAAUCUGAAAGCUAAUACUAAAAUAGAAAUUAUGAAUUUGGCAAAAUUCAUAGGUGAAAAUUAUUACGAAACACUGCAGAAGAAUCCCGAUAUUGUAGAUAAAAUAAUUGAAUACAGUAGCAUGAGUUAUAUGAAAAAAUCGAUAGGUGAUGAUAUUAAUAAUUUAUUUAACGAUACAACAGAAAAGUUGAAAAAUGUGAAUGUUCCACCGGGAUUAAAAGCAUAUCAAGAAUAUUUGAAAAAGCAUCCUUCUCUGGCAGUAAAGACGGAAGGAAGUUUCCUUCGUAAAGGAAUUGUUGGAGAUUGGAAGAAUUAUUUCAGUCCGGAACAAGAAAAGAGAAUGGAAGAAAGAAUCAAAGAAAAGACAAAAGGCAGCGAUAUCAUGAAGUUAUGGGAAAAGUAAAUGAAAUAUUUGACACUGAUGAAUGAUUUUGGAAGAUCCAUCUUAUUUUUGGAAUUAAGUAAACUUGAAGAUAAACCCAAAAGGGGUUACGAAGACGUUUGUUAUUCAUCACUUAGUGGUUCUACGCACCUGUUAUUGGUUGCAGUGAGUCUUAAUUAUUGCUAUCCCGGUGUGGUAAGCAGAUAUCUAAAAUUCUCUAGUCUCGGAAGAGAAAGGACCUAA